AUGGACUCCAACCAUAGUCAACAAACCAGCAUCCCCUGGGAAAGAAAAAAGAAGCAAUUGAAUGGGGCAAAAAAGGAGAGAUGGGAGCCAAAAGAAAAAGAAGAGAGCACAAAAGCAAAAGAAAGGAGAGGAAGAGAAUAUAACCCCACACCUUCCUCUUUCCUAGGCUGUUCCAACUCAGCUGCUUUUCAGUUUUGCCUCAAUCCUCAAAUGUCUACCUUUGUCUCUGAGAAUUUGCCCAUUAACACAAAUUUGACAGUUAAAUCACUCCCUGCUCAGACUCAGAGCCAGUGGAAUGACCCACGAGCCACAAGCCACAAGCCUUCCAGGUACAAGAAGGACGAUGGUGGGCUAAUAGAAGGGACCUGCUCAGUGUGCCUCGGUGAGUUCCAGGAGGAUGAGAGCAUUAGGCUCUUGCCCAAGUGCACUCAUGGCUUCCAUGUCCCGUGCAUCGACACGUGGCUGAAGUCCCAUUCGAACUGCCCGUUGUGCCGCUCCGAUGUCGCUUUUUUCGCUCCUAGUGCUUCACUGGCUCCGACGCCUGCUCUUGCGACCGAUGGAAGCUCAUCAGGAAAUGAAUCCUUCCCAGAGAUCCACCAGGAGGAAAGCCAAGAUGAUAAUUCACCGGCCGCACAAGAUUCAGGCUCAGCCCACAAGACGGCACAAAUGAGUAACAGUCCUAAGAUCCCGUUGCCGAUUUUUAGCGAUUUGGGGAACCCUGAACGCACGCAUACCGUAAUUGAGGUGAGGGAAGGAAGCUCACAGUUGCAACAAGUCAGGAGAUCUUUUUCCAUGGAUCACUCGUGUCAAACCUGUGUUUCGAUCGCCGCUAUAUCGCUUCAGGCAAACGGACAAGAGCGGCUAGUCAUCGGAGCGGACGAGUGCACAGGAAAUGCAGAAGCAGGACCAGUGAAGCAUUCACUAGGGGAAGAAGUACCAAAGGCUGAUAUUAAGAGAAGGCUCUUGCACUUGCACUGUGUAUCUGGAGUGAGUCCGGCAGCGUUGAAGAGAUCGUUUUCAAGUGGGAGGAUUUCCUUCCUCUCUCGGCACGGAAGGCUGAGGAAUGCUACGAUUCCUGUCUAAAAUAAAUGCAAGUGGGACAACGCAGAAGCUGAAUUUAGCGCAUUUUGUUCGUGCGGAGAGUGAUUGCUGCUGCAUCAUCAGUUUGGUGCGUAAUUUCUUAGCUCCAUUAGCGAGAUGGUUAUAUAUAUAUAUGCCUACGAAAGUAUGAAUGCCAUGGCUGUCAUGGCACUACACUGUCAUGAGCAUCGAGCUACAGUUGACUAGUGAAGGAAUCCAGCAGCCAAUUGUAAGGUUGAUCAUUGCAAGAAAUAUAUGCUAUUUCAGCUGAAAGGAGCAUGCUUUAUAAGGCGUAUUAAA